GCCGCAUUCCUAGCGAACGAGUGCUGGACAAGUGGCAGACCGGCAACUACGAUCCCAAUCGUCUUGACACGAUGAAGCCAGCGGCCCAGCGAAACAACUUUGUAAAGCCGGACUCUCGGUAAAAGCAGGAGCGCGUCGUUUAUCAGUCAAAGUAAAAAGACCACGAGAAGAACUCCAGUGAUAAAAGAAACGCCGCGUACGCGUACCUUGAUCACGGUCGAGGUAACGCAGAACAAGAAGGAACAGAUAAUGCUGACUUUCUAAUUUCAUUCGCUAGACGACAUCACGACAGUAUGUUACAACAUCAAGCUUAGUUUAGACGGUAAAUCAAAAACAAACUUAAAGGUAAUCAAAAAAUCGAAAUCCGAUGAACUAUUUCCAUUUGAUCGCAAUCAAUGAUAAUGCAGUUCGAAUUCGUUGCCCGCCGAGAAAGCCGGACAAGAGCUUUCAGCUUCGCAGAUAAUGCUACUGCUAUUUAAUGCGCAAAAGUUGAGGUGGGCUGAUCGGAGAUGACAUCUCAGAAUGUCGGCAACAGCCAAAAUUCCGAAGAUGUUGAGAAUACAGCUUUAAAUUUUGCCAACGGCGGGAACCAUAGACGGACUGGAGAGCAAUUAGCGGGUCGGACCCGUCUAAUCGUCUCCGCUCUGUGCUGCGCCGUAGAUAAAAGCAGCAGUGUCGCCAAUUAUACCUACAAGCAGGACAGCUGUUGAUUUUUCGAAUCCAUCCAACCAAUAUAAACAAGAAAGAAAAGACAAAAUAAACCAAAAUUAAUUUGACCACAUUAUAGUUGGAUUCCAACCAAUUAUUGCACACAACUUUUUUACGCAAAAAUGAAUCAAGAUAAACCGAGCAUCAGCAUCGUCGACUCAUUUUAUCAUUUAGACUAGACUAG